AUGGCGGCGCUGGCGGACGAGCAGGAGCUCCUGGACUUCCUCCUCCUGCACGACGGCAGCGGCGAGGGCCGUCACGCCCUGCAGCACAGGGGCCACCACGGAGGAGGCCCCGCGCCCCCGGAGGACUGGAGCCCGCUGGAGCCGGAGGACCUCGGGGAGGAGGCGCUGCAAGACCUCCUCGGCUGCCUCCUGACCGCCUUCGGAGACGACCCGGCCGACAGCAGCCCUGCGACCCUGGAGCCACCCGCGGCCUCCCGGAGCAUCCAAGCCGACCACAACUACUCCCUGCACCCGCCGAGCCUCCCCGAGAGCGACGUGGCCAUUCAGCUGGAGACGUGGGGGGAGGCAGAGACCUCUGACGAGUCCAGCGGCAGCCCUGGGGGCCACUAUGGCCCCCCUGUUAUGGUGUCCAUUGAGGAGCCCCGCCCUGGAAUGGAGCUGCAGAUUGUUUUCCCAGAGCUGAUCCUGACCGACGAGGAGAAACGGCUUCUGGAGAAAGAGGGGGUUUCAAUCCCGUCCAACCUUCCCCUGACCAAGGCUGAGGAGCGGGUGCUGAAGAGGGUCCGUCGGAAGAUCCGCAACAAGCAGUCGGCUCAGGACAGUCGCCGGAAGAAGAAGGUCUACGUGGACAGCCUGGAGAGCAGGGUGGUGGCCUGCACAGCCCACAACAGCGAGCUCCAGAAGCAGGUGCAGUUGCUGCAGAAGCAGAACAUGUCAUUGCUGGCGCAGCUGCAGAAGCUGCAAGGCCUGGUCCACCAGUUGUCCACUAAGACCACCACGGCCAGCACUUGCAUCAUGGUCUUGCUCUUGUCCUUCUGCCUCCUCCUCUCGCCCAGCCUGUAUCCCUUUGGAGGCCGGGAGCGGCAGCAGCUGGAGCUCCAAGGAGUGUUAUCCCGGAAGCUGCGUGAGUACCCAAGCGACGGAGCACAGCCGCAGGCCGAAGCACUCCAGACGACAGCCACCCUCCGCAACCACCUCUCUGCUGGUCCUCCGCUGCUGCACCCCGAGGAGACGUUCCUGCCCCCCAGAGACGCUCCUGCACAGGCCCCAGGGAGCGUCAACCAGUCCCUGGAGGGCAGCCCACGUCCCCCAGAGGCACAAGCAGCUGCCACCAGCAACAGCUCCACACCCGACGACUCCUUUCCCCCGCAGCCCGCAGGGGGGCUUCCUCCUCCUCCUGCUCCAGAGAAGCCCCUCUCCUCGGGGCAGCACCCGGCUUCCUUGCCUGCCUCUGCCGAGCAGAAGCAGAGCUGGGUGGAGCAGACCACGAGCGUGAUCCUCCAGCCACGCCACUCCGAUGAGAUGUAA